AUGGUCGCGCUCCUCGAGUGGAUGGCCAUCUUGGUGCCCAAGGGCACAUAUAACGCCUUCCGGUGGACGUGCUACCCCAUGCACUGGAUCAACAUGACCUACUACGUCGCUAUCAAGUUCACCGAGAACCUGCCAUGCCUCCCCCAAGCCCCCGUCUUGGAUAAACCUUUGGUUGAGGGCAAGCGGAUCGACGAGAAGAUUCUCAUCGCGAGGCGUGUACCCAGAGCCACCGGGAUGCCUGAUUCGUUGUCUAGCUCUAGCUUUGACUUUGGGCCUGCUUCAUGA